UUGGUAAGUGGCUGAGUGAAGACGAUUGUGGUUGAACGGUAUAAUUUGUUUCAUCUCUCAUUUCAUGACAUUCUUCACCUUAGCUGAACAUUGUGAACAGAUACUACCUGAUAUGUCCAACAGUGAGAGCAGCACAGUGGCUAAUGGCAAUAAUGGUAAUUCUGAGAACGGUUCUGAGUCUGCAGCAGCCACGGGCGGAGGCAUCUUGAGCAAGGCUGGCCUGGUUUCCAAGACGCCCACAGCUGCAGCCGGCAGCAGCGGAGACCAGAAGCCGGCGGGUGCGGGGAUCCUGGCCAAGGCCGGCACUGAGGAGACAGCGGCCAAGGCGGCCGGCGGGUCCCUGAAGCGCGGCGCCGGCGAUGCUGCUAUCGAAGGCGACGACCUGGCUGCCAAGCGCCGCAACGUCGGUCACCCGGACCCGGACACCAUCAAAAUGUUUGCCGGCCAGAUUCCACGCCGCAUGGCCGACGAUGAAGUGCGCAAGGUGUUCGAGGAGUUCGGGCCGGUGUACGAGCUGAGCGUCCUCAAGGACCGCGCCACGGGCAACAGCCGCGGCUGCUGCUUCGUCACCUACUUCACACGGAAGUCUGCGCUUCAGGCGCAGAACAAGCUUCACAACGUUCGCACACUUCCCGGCAUGCACCACCCGAUGCAGAUGAAGCCAGCAGAUGUGGAGAACCGCAGUGAGCGCAAAUUGUUCGUCGGCAUGAUUGGUAAGCAGGCCGACGACGAGGCGGUGUGGUCGCUGUUUCAUAAAUUUGGCCCUGUAGAAGAGUGCACUGUGCUGCGAGACGCGCAGAAGAACAGCAAGGGCUGCGCGUUUGUUACUUUCAUGUCGCGACAGAGCGCGAUCGCGGCCAUCCGCGGUCUGCACCACUCGCGCACCAUGGACGGCUGCUCGGCGCCGCUGGUGGUCAAGCUAGCUGACGCGUCCCGCGAUAUGGCUGGCGGUCGGUUUGGCGGGCCGCCGCUCGGCGGUGCUAGCCGUCAGCCGAUGGGCCCCAACAGGUGGGGUAACAACCCGAACAACAGCGCCAACAGCGGUAACUGGGGUGGCAACAACAACAAUCCUGCAGGCAACAACUGGGGUCCGAAUAAUAAUGCCAACAACUGGGGCGGCAACAAUAACAACUGGGCCAGCAAUAACGCCAGCAACUGGGGCAACCGGCCGCCGCCUGUGCCGCCGGCGCAGAACAUGCAGCAGCCCCCGCCGAGUCUCAUGGGCGCUCAGGUCAACAACCAGCCCAACAACCAGGCCAAUCCUCUGUUCAACAAUCCGCAGGCGAUGAGCCUUCUGCAGCAGCUGAGCCAGGCAGCCACCGCGCUCUCCUCCCUGGCGGGUCAGGCGGCGCCGCCCGUCGGGCCGCCGCCCAACAACCAGUUCGGCAUGCCGCCGCCCAACGCGGGCCCGCCCGGCGGCCAGCCAGGCGCCUUCAACAACCAGCCGAACCAGAAUAACCCGGCCAACGCGCUGUCCAUGAUGCUGCAGGCCGCUGGAAACCUGACUGCCCCCGGCGGCGUCCAGCAGCCGCCGCCGCAGGGCGUUCAGCCCUUCCAGGGCCCGCCGCCCGGCAACUUUGGAAACAAUCCCGGUGGUGGGCCGGGCAACUUCGCCGGUAACCCGCCGCCCAAUAACUUCGGGCCCCCCUGGCGCAAACUUCGGUAACCAGCAGGGCAACAACUUCGGUCCGGCUGGUCCCGGCAAUUUCUCGGGUCCGCCGCCAAUGGGCGGAGGCGGGCCACCAAUGGCCGGAGGCGGGCCACCAAUGGCCGGAGGCGGGCCACCAAUGGGCGGAGGCGGGCCACCAAUGGGCGGAGGCGGGCCGCCUAUGGGUGGAGGCGGACCGCCAAUGGGCGGAGGCGGGCCGCCGCAGCCUCUCGGCAUGGGCUUCAGGAAGGAGCCCCAGGUGGAGGGUCCCGAGGGCUGCAACCUCUUCAUCUACCACCUGCCGCCGCAGUGCAACGACACCGACCUCUCCAACAUGUUCUCGCCAUUCGGCAACGUCCUCUCGGCCAAGGUGUUCGUGGACCGCAACACGGGACAGUCGAAGUGCUUCGGCUUCGUCUCGUACGACAACCCAUCCGGUGCCGAGAUGGCCAUCCAGGGCAUGGACAACUUCCUGGUGGGCAACCGGCGGCUGCGAGUGCAGCUGAAACGUACCGGUAAGGACGCGGCCCCCAAGCCGAUGUAAGCUGGCGACCGGGGCCAGCGCCGCGGUUCUGCCAGGCCAGCCGACUGGUGAGUAACACGAGAAAUCGCAGGGUGUCCCCAAGCUCGCAGAGGCACGAGGCUAUGGCUUAGGGCCAGCGAUUGUAGGGUUUGCCGCCCUGGCCACCAGCUGCCCCUGUGCAGAUAAAUUAGGGAGAUCCGCUGCCAUUCUGAUGAUUCCCGCCACUUAAUGAAUUCAGGCGAGGACGCCUGCAUCCUUAUUUUCCAAUAGGGUUUUGUAAGUAGCAUACAUAUAUUAGAUAAGGACAUGCAAAUCUCACACCAAGACAUCGACAUCUACACGCCACAGUUUUGUUUAGAACAUUUUUAGUCAUUUAUACGUAAUCACGUAUAGUUUCCGGUUGCUGUCAAAAAACACACUUAGAUCACUCAGUACAGUGCACUGCUGGUUGCUUGUCUUAUUUUGUAUUUUGGCUGUUUCUUUGAUCGUAUCUGUAUGUUCGUGUCAUGCAGUCUGUCCUUCCUACAUAGUGACACAAGUCUUGUAAUGGGCACCAAGCUGUUUGUUCGGUACGCAGUGUCUGUCUGUCGAUUCCCAUGUAUCGUGGUGUUUCCAGAUGACAGACCAGUCUGUGGAGUUAUCCACCGUUGAGUUUCGCGCUGUGACGAUGCACGUGUGUCCCAUUGGAAACGGUGGUCCCUCGACAUCGUUUCUGUGCCCGAUUGAAGGCGUGGACUGCGGUGCCUCACUGGUUGGUCGUGCUGGUAACGAGCGCAGGGUGUGCUCAUGGGUGAAUUACUCUGUGCAUCAUUCUUAGGGAACUUCUGCCGGCCUGCGUCCACCCGGUGCCGUCAGUGUGUCGGUCACAUCUGUUGAUGUGACCUCUGUCACAUCUGCUGCUGACCGGAUGUGGCGGUAACGUUUACCGAGCGUUGAGCUGUCCCCCUUUGGUUCCGGUGCCCCUACCGCCUUUGUCUCGAUGCUUCUGUCUAUUGGAUACUGUAUGUUAUACAGAACCAGUGAUGAGGUCCCUGCCUGCCCAAGUACCCCAACGUUCUGUGCCCGACUGUGGUCUCUGUAGACAUUCGUGCUACGCCGAAAAGAGCGUUGACAUGUGUACUGUGUAUUGUGUAAGAUGCUAGACGUAAGACGCGCUUUUGGUGCGCGGGUCGUGUUGGUGGAAUAAAAAUGUUCGGCUGGUGUGUG